UAGGUUGGUAUAUUCAUAAUUUUGGCGGAUUUUAUAGUUGGUCUUCCCUGUGGCUGUGAGUGCACGUCACCGCCAGGUCCACCACCGCAACCAUCAAAUCAAAAGUCUCAGGUUUCGGAUCAAAGUUGCCGUGCCGCCGCCGCAGCCGCCUCAUCCUCCUUUUGAUACCGCCGUCUACUUUGGCUUCAAUUCUCCACCGUUAGAGGAGAAGCCGCCGGAAGAAGUAUAGAAUGAACGGCGAUAAUUCAAAAUUAGCCAGGAAAUGGCUGGAAAACAGCUCAAAAUUUCAAUUGGACGGCCUCGCACUUCAAGGAAUGCGGAUUGAUCGUGUUGAAAAAGGUCUUAUCCGCUGCGAUUUCGUCGUUCCAGAUAAUCUAUUGGAUGGAGAAGGAAACUGGAACGUCGGAGCGAUAUCGGUUUUGAUCGACGACAUGGCUGCUAGUGCAGUUUUUUCUUGUUGUGCAGGCAUUCUGGCAACCAUGGAUUUCACUUUGUCCUUCUAUUCCGCGGUUAAGGUCGAUAAUCGGCUCUUCUUGCUUGAUUGCAGAAGUCCAAAUCUAUUUGUCCUCUGGGAAUUACUGCCUACUAUUGUGGUUUGAAACUUUGGCUUGUUAGUAACAAUUUUGCUUCGCAACCUCGUUUUUUCCCCGAAAAACAUAGGAGGUGGUUGAGAUAGAGGCAAAUGUGGUCGGACAAAAGGGUAAUCUAGUAGCAGUAGUAGUCAAUAUAAAAAAGAAAGGCAAUGGAGAGAAGGUUGCUACUGGGAAACAAUGGAUGCAUACCGCUCCUUUCAAAAGUUCACAAGCUGGAAAAAGCAAGCUCUGAUUAAUCUUUUCCAACGGUUUGUUUGCAUCCCCAUGUCAAUUAAACAUCUAAUAUGUAUAUUCUGUACCAUGUAAGCAUUGAAAAUGAAGAAUAAUUUUUUUUAACUAUUGUAUGUUGUCACAUGAUAGAUUAUAAAUUCUCACGAACCCACACUAUUGUUGUAAACCAGUCUGAAAGCUGAUUUUACUUCAAUUUUUCCGCUAUAAA